AUGCUCUCACGGCGUAUGCUCUCGAAAGAGGACGAGAACGCGACACACGGCGAAGAAACCGAAGUCCGACGCGAGGAUCAGGAGAAGAUCAAUCGCUUCAGCAGACUGCAUCAACGGGAAACCAUAUUAGAAGAGCAACUCAAGACAAAACAGAAAGACAAAGAAGACCUCGAAGAAGUAUCCGCUGAGCUCGAGCUUGCGGACGAGGACGAUCUAGUCCCCUACAAAAUCGGCGACAGCUUUGUAUCGCUCCCACUUUCAGAAGCUCAGACCCUUUUAUCCUCGGCCACAGAGCAAAUCGAUGAAGAUAUCGUUAAGAUUGAAGAAAAUCUUGGCGAAAUCCGUGAUGAACUACAAAAAUUGAAGGUGGCGCUGUACGCGCGAUUCGGGAGAAGUAUUAAUUUGGAAACCUAA